AUGACAAUUUCUAAUGAAAUUAUUGUAUUUACAAGUAAAACACUUACAGAACUAUCAUUUUCGGUACAUCCUAUUCCUCACGGAUGCAAUUCAUUCGAAACUAUCAUUAAUCCAGAAAAAGAUUCCGAAUUUAGUUAUGACCCGAGUAAAAAAGCACUAGAACAAUCAAAAGUAGAUUGCAUAUUGGCAACUAGUCCAGUUGCAUAUGAUGUUUCACUUACAAAAAGCGCUGGAAAUCAAAAUGAUUUCGAAUACCAGGAUUCUCUUCUCGGCCCUAGCAAUAAGAUAAAUGCCGGUGAAACACUUCCAAUAACAAACCAAACAGCAUUAUUUUUCAAAUACACGGCAACUUCGAAUCAAGAAAGAAACAUUGCAACAAUCAAAUUCACAUAUCCAAGCGGUUCAACUCCGGAACCCUCACAAACUAUCUUAUAUGAUGCAUCCAAGUUAUCAUAUUUUGCUUCUAAUUCCAUCAGCAUUACUCUGGUUGAUAAUUUUUAUUCAUUAGGCGAAGGAAAUUAUGAUUUAAAAGUUUCAUCAGCACAAACUAAUUGUUAUUUUAUUAAAGAGCGCAAUUAUGUAGUUUUUACAUAUUGGGAAAAUAUCAAUUGUGUUGCUGAAGGUUUAAACACCGAACUCAAAAUGCUUGGUGAUGACAAAAUUGUAGCACUCUUAGUCAAUGAAACUUGCUUUCUUCGAAUCAAUUCAGACUCUGAAGGAAAAUUUUCGGUAUGUGUUCUUCAAAUGAAAUCCGAAUAUCUAUCUUCUAGAUUUACAACCUCGUCAGGAGCUUAUACGUUAUAUAUAUCAGGAAAAUACACAACAGUUCAUGUCUUUGCUUUUCAAAAAGGUGAAAUAGAAGAAAGAGUUAACAGAGCUAAAAGAUGGAAAAGUGUAGGAACAAAGCCUGCUGUUUAUAGAUACAUUAAACAACGCGGUAUUGAUAGUAUAUCUGUAUCUGCAAGAACUGAAGAUAGUGAUACUUCCAUUAAAUAUUACAUUCACGGCGAUAGUGGUGGAUAUAAAGCAUAUUCUAUGACAUGGGAUAAAACCAAAAAUCUUUUCGACUAUGAUAUUGAUAUUGAUGCAAAAACCAUUUUGAGUAUCGGUCUAAUUAUUGGCAUUGUUAUUGCUGUUCUUGUAGUUAUAGCUAUUAUUGUCAUAAUUUGUAUAUGUUGCUGCUGCACAUCCGUCACAUGUUGCUGUUGCUGCUGCCUUGGAAGAAGAUCGAAGGAUUCAAGUUCAAGUUCUAGUUCCAGCUCAUCUAGCAAGAAGGGUAUGGAAAUGCAGCAGUAUCCACCUCAGCAAUAUCCACCUCAGCAAUACCCACCACAGCAAUAUCCACAAUAUCAAUAA